GCUUCCCCUUUAAGAGCAGAAACGUAUGCAAAAUCCGAUGGGCGGGGAAAAUGCGAGCGGGCCAAUGGGAGGGCGAGGUUUUCCGCGGGAAAUCCGAAUUUCGCGGGACGUCGUUUGGCGCUAAAAAAAGGGCCGAGAGGAGGAAGGAAGGAAGGGAAGGAAGGAGGAAGGGCGCUGCCUGGCUGUCCCGUCCCAAUCCGGGCCCAUCCUGGUUCCCCUGCAAGCCAAUGCCUUGCAAAGACAGGUAGAGAAAGCGAGAGAGAGGCCAGGCUGCGGCGCCGGCCCUUUUUGUUUGCCGAGGAAGGCCGCCGGUGGCGAUGCCGCCCGGACGCGGGUGAAGGCCGGCCUGGCCUGUGAAUGGGCCGAGGAGGAGAAGGAGGAGGAGGGCUGCCCCGUGGCCUGGGCCAUGCUGAGCGCCCCCGCUUUCGCCACCCCGCACCGGGCCCACGGGCGUCCCCUCCGCAAGACCCCGGCCAAAAGGAAGCUGGACUUGGAAGGGACGGGCCAGCACUGCAUCCCGGAAUUCCGAACCCCAAAAGGCAAAGGAAGGACGCUCCCACCCAUCCCUAGUCCCAAAACCCCCAAAUCCCCCGGGGAGAAGACGCGGUAUGACACCUCGCUCGGCCUCUUAACCAAGAAGUUCAUUCACCUGCUCAGUGAGUCCGAGGAUGGAGUGCUGGAUCUGAACCGGGCUGCGGAGGUGCUGGAUGUCCAGAAGCGGCGCAUCUACGACAUCACCAACGUCCUGGAGGGGAUCCAGCUCAUUCGCAAGAAGUCCAAGAACAACAUUCAGUGGAUGGGGACGGGGAUCUUUCAGGACUCCUCCGUGACAACGCAGCAGCAGUCGUUGCGGAAAGAGCUGACAGAGGUCUCCAGGAUCGAGAGGAUGUUGGACAAGCUCAUUCAUGAGUGCACGCUUCAGCUAAAGCAUCUAACAGAUGAUGGAACAAAUCAGAGGUUAGCCUAUGUCACAUACCAGGACAUCCGUGCCAUCAGCAACUUCAGUGAGCAAACAGUGAUUGUGGUCAGGGCCCCACCAGAAACCCGGCUUGAGGUGCCAGAUGUCUGUGAGGAGAAUGUCCAGCUUCAUCUUCAAAGCAGCAAUGGUCCCAUCGAUGUGUACCUGUGCCCUGAGGAAAUUCUUGAGAAGAGUCCAGCUAAAAGGAGCGAAAGUAGUAACCUCCCAGCAGUGAAAGUUGAGUCAGAGAAGAUGGAGCCACCAAGCUGCCUGAUGGAGGGAGAAGUCGGCCUCCUGGAGCUGCCUCAGAACCUUUUACAGCAGACGGAGGACCAGCUUCCUUCCGCAUCCUAUGGCAACACAGGCCCCUUUGUGAGCUUCUCCCCUCCCCUUGACCAAGAAGACUAUCUGUGGGGACUGGAGGAGGGUGAAGGUGUCAGUGACCUAUUCGAGGCCUAUGACCUAGGUGACCUGUUGAAGAACUGAAUCAGGAUUCACUGUCCUUUCAAUGGUGCUAAUAAUUCCUCAUUCUCUGCUCCAAAGCCUUGGACUUCGGCUGAAAUGUCUUGCCUUGGUGGUAUAUUUGCUUUGUAGGGGCCCACAAGUAAACCUCUGACUCCCGUAGAUCCUUGCACACUCCAAGUUUUUCCAAAAACUGUUGAUGAGGGAGCAUCACGUGUUGUUCUAGUGAAGUCUUUUUGAACCAUCUUUAAGCAUGUUCUGCAGAUUUUGAGAGUUUGGGGUGGUUAUUCCUUUGUCACCCUUCUCUCAGCGCACUCCAAAAAUAACCUCAGAGGCCAUGGUUUUUCUAACAUGCCCGCAAGCCUAGUGUUCUUGUUCUGCACUGGUUUUUCACCUGGGCAGGGAAAAACAAAUUUAGGGUUAAAGGAGGUGAUCUGUUUUCCUGCGAACAUCUUUUUAUUGUGAUACUCGUUUGCUGCAACCAAAAUGAUCAUUUGUCAGAAAUGGUGGGAGUUCUAAUUCUAAACAUAGAGGAUGCAAAAUGUUGCCUCAAACCAGAAUGCAACCAGUGCUCUGUGGUUUCCGAUUAGAGAAGAAGGAGUUGUCGAACAAAGGGAAUCUCCAAAUUAGUCAUCUUCCAGUUGGAAUUAUCGACAUUAACAGCCCGAGUCUGUGAUACAAAAUAUCUGGUUAGCAAAAGACAUGUUUCUCCAGAGUCAAGCUUUAAAAUACGACGUAGGCUGCAGCUCUCCAAAUCCCAUUGCCAGAAGGGCCACUAGCCUGCAGAGUCUAGGAGUUGUAAUUCCACAAGGGAACAAUUUGCAGUUCUUGUCCUGCUGCUGGGUUUCCUUUCCAAAUAAUUGUUGUAUGAAAUGACCUAUCUGUUGCGUGGUUUCCAACAUCAGGCUUUGUUAUCCUGCCUUUUGAAACCCGAGCAUGCCUUUGUUUUUAGCUUGCAAGAGCCUUCCUCUCCUGAUGUGGAGAUGUGGUGCCACUUGGAUCCUUUCGUCAAGUCAACAGGGAAGGAGGCUUCCUUUAUGUGGCACAUGGCAAGUGGUUUAUAUUGUCCCAGGCUGCAAAGAGUUAAGACCUUCAUGAGGCUGUGCUACGCAUCCUUUGCUCAGAUUUCUGUGAAGGAAGGAAAUAAGUUGCAUUUCUGGAACUGGGUCCAAGUGCACACUCCACCUCUUCACUUAAAUAUAAACCUCGAACCUUUCUGGUUGAUCAGUUCCUUUCCUUGCAUCUAUAUAGCAGGUAAAACAUUCUUUUUUUCCACUGAUGUGUCAUUCCUAGUUAAGUUGUACAAGAGGAUUAUUAUUAUUCACUAUCCUUCAAACUACUCUGAUGAAUGAGAUCCUUUCUUCCUGGAUUCAAAGUAGCAUUGUAGUCAAGACCUGGAAGGUUUGGCUGUUUUUAAGAGUUGUUUUCAAACUAGCAUAUUGGAUUGUAACUCUGACAAUCCCCAACCAGCACACCCACAUCUUUGGAUCACACUGACUUCAAAAGGUCAGUUUAUAAAAUAGGCUGUGUCGAUUUUUCCCCCUCAUUGGCUCCAGAUUUGCUUUAGUUUGUUCACCAAGACCCCUGCUACAUAGACCCCAUGUUAUCUGCUUUGAACUGGGUUAUAUGGCAGUGUAGACUCAGGUAAUCCAGUUCAAAGCAGAUCAUGUGGAUUAUUUGCUUUGAUAAUCUAGAUUAUGUGAUAAUCUGAUAAUCUAGAUCAUGUGGAUUAUCUGCGUUGAUAAUCUAGAUUAAUCUAGAUUAUAUGAUAGUCAAAGGGGUCCAAAUUUUCUUGCCCAACCAAUCCUAUUUCUCCAAAAGGUGCUUGCUUUCAGUCUUUGGAGAUGACCCAUGUGUGACUGCUCCUCUUUAAUUUGGCUCAGUUCAAUGAUUAAGUGAAUCCUUCCCCCUCGCACUCUAUUCUUUGACCACCAAA